AUGUCUGCUGAUCAGAAAAGAGCUAAUGGACACGCCCAACGUGUUGCCCGUAUUAGCAAAGCAGCUGAUAUAUUGAAAAAUGAUGGAGAAUAUGCGAACUUAGAUCCCAUUGGAUCUGGCACUUAUGGCCGAGUGUAUAAAAUUGCUUCUUCAUUUACUAAAUUGGAAUGGGCCGCAAAGUUUGUGCCUUUUGAGAUCGCAUCAAGGAAUGAAGUUGAAUUGUGGCCAAAACUUAACCAUCCUAACUUAGUUUCUCUCAAGAGCAUACUGAAGUUGCCAAAUCCGAAAGUCUUUAUUUUCAUCAUGCCGCUUUAUCGGAUGACAUUGCACUUGGCAAUUCAGGAUGCAGAAUUCCGUUGUAAAAGCGGAGCACUUAAAAGUGUCAAAUCUUGGAUGAAAGAUAUGCUUCGUGGCCUAGAAUACCUUCACCUAAAUGAUAUGUGCCACUUGGACCUGAAGCUUGAUAAUAUACUGAUUUCGGAGAGCAAUACUGCCCUAUUGGCUGACUUUACCUUUUUAUGGGAUGCUAAAAAGGCUCUUAAGAAGAGCAAUAUUGGAUUGCCACGUGUGUACAAACCCCCUGAAGUUUUCAUAGAGGGUCAUGAACUUGACGGAUUUAGUGUAGACAUGUGGGGGUUUGGUUGCAUGGUGGUGGAACUAUGUACCUACUUUGGAAUCUCGAGAGCGACUGCCAAUAUUCAAGAAAACACGGAAAGUACAGAAAUUCACGCUGCUGUGCUUAACGUGCUGAAGGAACAAAAUUUCAAGCUUUUGUUGACGAGUGCGUAUGACGCUGAUAUUAUAACUGAAGCUCAGUUAAAAGUGGCUCGUACCUUCAUUCAGGAAAUAUUGAAAUCUGAAGCAUCUGAAAGGCUUCAAGCUGGAAUGGCCAUAUCGCACGAAUUCUUUAACGAACAACAUGAUAGUAGUCCACAGGACAGAGUCGUGCAAAGUUCAGCAGUGACUGAAUUAACUGAUCAGUGUAAUAUUGAAGACCACACUCGAAAUCUUAUGCCAGAGACUGGAGAUGAUAAAAAUAUGACAAUGGAGGAAAAACUAGAUCUCAUCCUCUUAAGACUCACCGAGUUGACGAAUGAAGUUAAGCAUCUCCAUAUAAGAGUGGAUGGUAUGGCGCCAAAAAUGGAAGUGUUCGAAAAACUGGUGAAGCAAAAUCCAGUCGUUGAUAAGAGUUGUGAGAAGGAAACAGUCCGGAUUGAGAAUAAUGAAAUUGGCGACUGCACUUUUAUUGCGGUGCAAGAUUCGUGUGGUUACAAAACUGGAGACAAACCAGAACACUUGUCCAUGGCUCACGGCGAUGAAGCAGAGGCUGUUUCUGAAGGUGAGAAUUUUUAA